AUGUCUAUCUCUUCACAAGCCGCAGCUCGCUGCUGCAGACAGGUCAUCCGCUCUUCCGCCUCUUCCUCUGCUCCCUUCUUGCGCAUUUCGACAUCUUCCUCCACAUUCCAGCAACGACGACGGACGGCGGUGCCCAGCGCUCGUCGAUGGCAAUCUACUGAUGCUGCUGCUGCACCUGCGAACCCGAAGAUUGUACAGAUUGUUGAUCAAAUUAGUCAAUUGACUCUGUUGGAGACUGCGGAUCUUGUUGCAAGCUUGAAGUCUCGCUUAAACAUCCCCGAUCUCCCCGUUGGCGGCUUCGCUAUGGCCGCCGGCCCUGGCGGUGCUGGUGCCGCCGCUGCCGUCGAAGAGGAAGAAGCAGCCCCCGCCGCCGCAGAAAAGACUCUCUUCAACUUGAAGCUCGAAUCUUUCGAGGCCACCUCAAAACCCAAGGUCAUCAAGGAGAUCAAGUCGAUGCUUGGUCUUUCGUUAGUCGACAGCAAGAAAUUUGUUGAGAGUGUGCCCAAGGUCUUGAAGGAGAAUGUCGCCAAGGAUGAGUGUGAGAAGAUUAUUGAGACCCUCAAGGGUCUUGGUGCGAAGGUUGUGAUGGAGUAG